GAAGAUGGCUGCCGCGCGUUACGAAAGAUCGGACGGUGUAUCACGGGGAAGUCAGUUCCCGAUCGUCGAUAUAAUUGCCGCGCCGCCGUCCGCUCUUCUUAGUCGUCGGGCACGGUGGUGGCCGUCGACGCGAUGGUAUACGAUAUUAAGUGGAUCAUACCGAAACUACGGAACCCAUCCCGACUCUGGAACAUCGCGAGCAGCAUAACCUUCGCGGCGGUGGGCAUUUUUUCGAAAAUCAUCAUAGAAUGGCUGAACAAAACAACGGUGUACAACAAGCACAUUAUUGUGCGCGCCUUAGACCUCCGGCCGAAAAAUGUUCCGCUCAUUACCGUGUCGAAUCAUCACAGUUGCUUCGACGAUCCAGGUAUAUGGGCGACCCUGGACUUCAGGCACUCGUGGAGCCGACGUAAGGUACGAUGGUCGCUCGCCGCGCAUGACAUUUGUUUCACGAAUGUCUGGCAUUCCUACUUUUUCAUGCUCGGCAAGUGCAUACCCAUCGUCCGAGGAGACGGCGUGUAUCAGGAAGCCGUGGACUUCUGUAUCGAAAGGCUGGCCCUUGGCGAGUGGGUGCAUGUCUUCCCCGAGGGAAAAGUCAAUAUGCUUAAGGAAGAGAUGAGGUUGAAAUGGGGCAUAGGUAGAUUAAUAUUAGAAUCACCCAUCACGCCUAUCGUAAUUCCUAUCUGUCAUCUCGGUAUGGAUGAAGUACUUCCCAACGAACCACCGUAUAUGCUUAAAGUGGGAAAAAGAGUUACCAUGAAUUACGGUGAGCCCAUAGACUUUAGCGAAUUGUUGACCGAAUUGCGAGAAUCAAAAGCAAGCGAGAUGGAUGCGCGAAAAGCGAUAACUGAUCGCAUUCAGCAAGAGCUUUCCAGAUUGAAAGCAACAACGGAAAAGCUUCAUACUAAGUUAUGACGAAGAUUAUCCCUUUUUCGUCAUUCCUCCGUCUAGCCUUAAUUUGCCAAAAAUAUAAAG